AAUAGAAAUCAAAUUUCACUUGACAUAAUCUGCUAUGAACUGUGAAGACAGUGAAGUCAAGAGUGAACAUGGCUAUUUCAUCUCUGCGAGUCACACUGUUUCCUUUGCUCAAGAAAGCUCCAUAUACAAUAACACCCGCUAUUGGAAGGAGAAAAACAUGGGGACGGUUCCAUUGCUGUUCAUGCUCCUCUUCUCCUGACUCAUGGCAACCACUUCGUAAGAAAAAGGUUGUCAUGCGUGUCGCCUAUGUUGGCACCAACUACCGAGGUCUCCAAUGGCAACGAGAUGAAGAACAUGAAGAACACCCACUUUCCACUAUUGAGAAAGAACUUGAAACUGCCAUAUAUAAAGCCGGUGGCAUCCUUGAUAGUAAUUUAGGGGAUCUGCAGAAAAUUGGAUGGGCCAGAAGCAGCCGAACUGACAAAGGAGUUCACUCUCUUGCAACAAUGAUAUCCUUUAAAAUGGAAAUCCCAGAAAACACUUGGGUUGGAGAUCCUUAUGGCUUUGCCCUUGCAAGUUAUGUUAAUUCUCAUCUUCCGUGUGACAUCAAAGUUUUAAGCAUUUUGCCUUCACAAAGGAGCUUUGAUCCCAGAAUGGAAUGCAUUUUGAGGAAGUAUUCCUACCUCCUCCCAGCUGAAAUUAUUGGUAUUCAAAGCCACUCUAGCAAUGAUGAAAUUGAUGACCACAUAUCAGAGUUCAAUGAUAUUCUUAAUGCAUUUGAGGGGGUACAUCCUUUCCAUAAUUAUACUGCUAGGUCCCAGUACAGAAAACCUUUUCAGCGUAGGAAGUCACCAACAAAGAGUGGCACAUCAACAAGAGAGAUUUUUGCAUCCUAUGAGUCAGAAUAUGAGGAUAGUGAUGGGGAAGAAGAUUUUAAAAUGAAUGGUGCAUUUACGGAAAAUGUAGUGUCCCAAGACCAAAAGUCUUCGGAAAACUGUGAUUUUGGUGAACCUGUCAUUGCCAUGAGCAAUACGAAUGGAAAUGGUAUACCUGAUCAAGACUCUAGAUUGAUUGUUCGUGCAAAAUGGUUGUAUGAAGUUGAUGAAUCAGACAGAUUAAGUUCUUCCCAUUUCAGAAAAGUUUUUAAAUGUUCUUGUGGGAAACUGGAAAGAUCACUGGGAUAUAAUCACAUAGAGCUCUCCAUAGAGGGAGAGUCCUUCAUGUUUCAUCAGAUACGAAAAAUGAUUGGGACUGCUGUAGCAGUAAAACGCAAGUUACUACCAAAAGAUAUUAUCGUGCUGUCACUGUCAAAGUUCUCACGUAUUAUUCUACCCAUUGCACCAUCAGAAGUUCUAAUAUUAAGGGGAAACCGCUUCUCAAUAAGAAUGCGAAAUGUGACAAGGCCUGAGAUGCGGAAAAUGGUUGAAUCAAAAGAAGUCAAUAAGGCCGUUGAUGAUUUUUACACAUCAGUUAUGUUACCUCAAGUAUCAAACUUUCUGGAUCCAUUGAGAUCUCCCUGGAAAGAGUGGAUUGAGAAAUUGGAUGCUCACACAAGCAUACAAGAUGAUCAGUUGGAUGAGGUCAGAAAGGCUUGGAAUUCAUGGAAAGAAAAUACUGAAAAUACAACCUCUGCUCAUCUGUGAUAAGAUAUGUGAAGGAAUGAAUGGUGAAGAUUUCUAUUCUUACUCUUUCGUUAGUUUCUUCUGAGUUUGGUCACUUGACAUGCCUUAGCUAAGUUUCCAGUGGCUUGCAUCUACAAUUUUAUUUAUUUUUUAAUUCUGCACUUCCCAAAUGUAUUGGAAUUCAUUCUACUAUUUGCUCUGAUUUUACUUCCUAACAUGAAUAAAUUUUGUGAUCAGUUUUUUCUCCUUACCUUAUCCGUGGAGCAAAGCACAUAAUAGUUAGUGAAUUUAUCAUAAUUGAUGUCCAUUUUGAAGAUGUAAAUUCUAAUAAAGCAUAGCACAUCGAUGAUUAUUCUGAAAAUAGCAAUCAGCUUCAGAAGUUUCCAAUAGGUGGAAGUAGAAUCAUGGGGAGAAAGUCUAAACCUAGAGGAAUUCUACCUGCAAAACUAGCCAAACACAUCUUGCACAGAAAGCAAAGGGAAGAUGGAAAAAGGUAAGCAAGAAUCAAUCAGUUGUUCUUCCUCAAGGUGAAGUAGAUCCAGAUAACAUGUUGAAUAAUGAAAUUGAAAAUUUUGAUAUUUGAAGAAAGCAACUGAUCUUGGCGGCAGAAGUGAACUAUAUGGUUUUGAACUCUGAAGGGCAUCAGAUAUGGGAGUUGGGUAAAUCUUUGGGAUUAUUCUUGGAUGGAAAGGACGAUGAGACCAGCGAACUUAUAAGAAAAUUGCUACAUCAUUGAAAUCAUUAAUUGAAUCGGUUUAUCAUGAAAUCGAAGCUGAAUUUGUUGAUUCAUACAUUAUGUGUCUGUUGUUCAGUCUUUGGAAUUUUAUCAAACUACAGGUUGCAGGAAAGUUGAAGGUUUUCAGAAGUUUUUGGCACAUCCACAACAAAGUAGAGAGCUGAUUUCAGAUUAAAGUAAUAAAGUACCAUAUGCUUGGCGCGGCGUGACUAUUUGCUUUCAAUCUUGUGUUGAAUUACAUACGAUUCGUCGAUAUAAGGAUGAUGCUUUGUCCUUCAAUGAGGUUGAAGCAUGUUGGUUUCUUAAUGUUUUGAUUGAAAACGGUGUCUAUGUGGUUAGAUUGCUGGAACAUACUUGCGGUUUGUUAUAAAAUGGUUCAUGAAUAUUUUGUUGGAUGGGAAGUUAGUUUAAUCA